AUGCGACGAAUUCGACGAAGAAUAAAAAGAAGAACGCGACGGAGGCGAAGAAUCCGAAGACAAAGAAGACGAAGAAGGCGAAGAAGACGUAGACGAAGGCGACGUACGUUAAUAACAAAAACAUUUUAAUACAUAGCCAGACCACUUUUAAGCGACUUUUUGAAGCUGGGAAGAAACGUAAGCUUGUGACCACUCACUGGAAUUGUUUCUCGGUAGUUCUAAGUUCUCAACUAAACUUACUCUAAUUACAAAGGGUGACACUUGAUAAACCUUUGUCACACCAACAUAAUGGUGAAUUACAUUCCAUACAGAAAAAGUGGUCUUUUGAUUAAAUUCUCUACCCUUUUCUCACACAGGAAGGACAAUCGUUAGCUUCCGAAGGAAACGUUAUCGCAUCAAUAGGACCCUAGGAUUUACGAUCAGAUGGAGAAGAAAAAUUAGACGUCUCCGCUUGCGCAAGGCCUACAUCAGGGGUACAUACAGGUUGAUGAGAAGGGUGGGCAACAUUUUGCAGGUGAAGAUAUAUCGAAAGUGGUGUAGAGUACUGCCAGGAACACACUGGUACUACCGCUACGGAUUACGCAUGAUUAGAAUUGGCCACCUUCGCCUUAUUGCACGCAUUGCGCGAAGGACUUACCGUCUACAGCUGCGUCGCGGCAAACUGUACGCGCGAAUUGGACGCCGGUUUAAACUUGUCAAGCCACGUUUCGUGCGUUACAUAAGAGUUGGAAGAAGGCGUGUCCCAGUGAAGAGGAGAGGUAGAAGAUAUAUCAUACGGAGAGGAAAGAGAUGGCGUGGCCUGAGGAUAAUAAAGCGCUUCCGUGAGUAGACUUCUAGUUUGUUUGUUAUCUCUUCCAGGGUCAAUUUAGGUUUCUGGGAAACUGUCCACCUACCCCUCCCCUAAGCCAUCAUUUUGCCAUAAGUGAGAAGUAAGUGUUAAUGUUAGCUUAGGGAAGGGGUAGUUUUUUUUGAAUUUUGGCUGUGCAAGGGGCGUGGUGCGGUGCCCCAAGGCCAUGAAAACAAAGGGAACAAAACGAUCCGACAAAAAGAAAAACUAGGGUAAUCUACACGGUAAAAAGACCACCAAAAUGGGAGGGGGCAUCUCCAUACGGAGCCAGCCAGCCAACUUCGCCGGGGAAUCGAACCCCGCCUAGGGAAGGGGUAGGUGGGCUCGUUGAGAAGGGUACAAUAUUCAUUGUCAUGAAUUUUGAAUUUGAGUUCCUUGUGAGAGGAAGAAGUUAAUAGAGAAGCCUCACCACGCAUGAGUGGUACACAACCGGCCGAGGAGGACCCCCAUAUGAAAUAGACGCGGCUGCUAGUCGAAGAAUUAGAGUUAAACCCCUUAUGCCUUUUUUUGGCCCUUAAAAGAGACCAUGACGGUGUGACGGUAUUUGAUCAUUUUGGAUUGAACAAAUCGACAACAGUUUUCCAUGGUCUGUACUCUUAUUAAGCAUAGAAAUGACGUCAAAAUGUGCAAGACCCAAGUGGAACCAUGAGCCGUAAGCGAGUGGUUUCACUGCACAAUUUCGACGUCCAUUUUCGUUGAAGUUUCUCAACUGCAAAUCGCGCACUCGAGAAAGAGAAAAACAAAGUGCGCCACCAUCACGUUAUUUCCGUGGUCUCUCCCUUCCAUUAUCGAACAUAGCUCAGAGAAAUCGCCUAGUUAUUGUAAAAAUGGGUAUUUCUUUACUCACAAUCGUAAAGCAAUAAAAACCCAUGGUGAGACCACAACGAGACUUUGUAAGCUUUGGUUUGAACUAACUGCUGCAAUUUUUCCAAACUUUGUCGUUUUCGUUACUCUGGCGAUGCAAUAAAAGUUUUCUUCUCUGAAAGUUUGAUUUGAUUAUGCUCUUUUCAGACAUAAAUCACGGUUUUCAUACGCACCGUCUAUGAAAGGGCAGACAUUUUACCUCUUUUUCACUUACAAUAUUUUACCUCAUUUUUUACAUUGAAACGAUACUGAAAAUGGUUUUGCUUGCGAGAAGGCGCCAACGAAAGGCUCAUUUUCAAACCCAGUCAAGUGCAUAGAGCAGCCAUAGUCCAAAGUGUUGUCAUUAAAUUCUUUACAACGCUAACAUUUUAAUUCCCAGGACCUUUUCCGUUCGCUCAAGGUCCUGGGAACAAGGCUGAUUUUGAAAAUUUACCAGGAAAAAGAAACAAGAAAAUAUUAUUCCAUGUAUUGCAGGUCGCUACAGUCGCCGACUGGUGCUACGAAGAAGAAAAAGGAGAUUGCGAAGGAUAAGGCGUCGCAAUCGCCGUUUAAUAAGACGAUUCAGAAGAAAAAGACGAAAUAGACGAAGGCGAAGGAUCCGAAGACGAAGGAGACGAAGAAGACGAAGAAGACGAGGACGAGGAAGACGAAGAAGGCGAACACGAAGAGGGCGAGGAAGGCGUACGUCAAUAACAACAAUCUAUCAUAAAUUGAUGACUUAAAUUUUAGGCUCCUCUUAACCUGUUCUGCAACAGCCACGUUCGUUAUAUUAAAAUUCUAACAUGACUGCGAGGCUUUAGGGUCAAAAUUGCAAAUUUCUCACGACUCCAUUGUCUCGCAGUUCCGAGAAGAGACUUGAGCACAAAGAAAACCAAAACAAAUAUAGAAAAAUGACCAGAAAGCAUCGUAGUCAUGUUAGAAUUUUAAUAUAUCGAACUUGGGCUAUUGGCAUGGGAUUUAAUGAAGCCGAAACCUAUUGUGGAAUUGCACAUAAAUAAUGCAUCCUAUUUGAUUGAUGAAUGUCGUGACUGUCCAGUGAACAGUUAUGGCAUUUAGAUAUUUUCAGCAACAUCAUUUCCAGCAAAAUUUGCAGUCUGUCCCCUUUCGAAUUGAUAUGAAGACUACUUCAAAGAAAUCAUUUUAAAAACGACAGCAACUUGACCGAGUGGUAUGCGCGCGCACCAUCAGCACUAACUGGAUUAGUAGCAAACUUACGCAACAGGACGGGAGAGGAAAGAAGAGAGCAAACCUUGUGUGACAAGCGUGACAAUAAUUUUGUUUGAAAUAUCUGUACGUCAGACUUCACUUUCCUUUAAACAGAUGUUUUUGCAACGACCAGAAAACGUUAAUGUUAAGUGAGGAUCACGACAUGACACGCAAGUAAUAGCCCUGUCACGUUUGUCACGCACAAGCGUUUUGCCGUUCUCUUCUUCUGCCGUCCUGUUACGUAAACUCACUAUUGUCUCGAAAGUCCCGUGUUUUAAUUCUCGUUUGUCUCGUUUGUCUUCCGGUGAUCCCUGUUCCACAAGCGAAAACAUGAAGCGAACGAUAAAACUUCUGGUUGCUUUUCUUUCCGUCCCAGAAAUAAGUGUGGUCGCUGCUAAAGCUCGCUAUCUGGACACCAUCGCACGGCUACGUACACCUCAAUCGACCUCACCGCCUUUCUUUGGACAUAUAUACGCACUACAAGCGGCCUUAGAAUAACAAAAUAGUAAAACUAGUAGAGAAGUAGACAUAAUUUACCUCACUUAAUCCAAAAAUGCUUUUAGGCCGUGAAUGCUCUGAUUCCAUCACUAGUCUGGUACUGAGGAGUCAUAGGGUGUCGUUUUUGGAAGAAUCCAAUUGUUACGACGAAAGAAGCGAUAAAUCCAAAAGUGCAUCGUUCGUUUUUCAUGUUCUUGCCUCGCCCUCCCUUUUUCACACUUUCCCUGUUCGUUUUUCCCCUUAAGGUCGACGAGUAAUACGUUACCGUGGAAGAAGUUGCGUUAUAAGAAGAAGGAGACGGUACAUCAUACGAAUUAGGAGAAAGAAGGUGGUUGUUCGUCGGUUCAAACGUCGUAUAAGGAUACGCCUACUGGGCGGAUACCGGAGAAUUAAACGCAAGGGUAGAUACUGGCGUGUGCGUAUCAAGAGACGCUGGUGUGGACUACGUAGACGAAAGAAUCGGUGGUAUUAUAAGAGAAGGGGCCGUUGGCGUAUUAUAAAGCGCGUCAGGCUAACAUGCCGUAUCGGAAGAAAACGUUAUAGAGUGAGGUACAGACGGCGAAGGUGGCUGAUCCGUAGACGCCGUGCUUGGAGGAAGAUCAAGCGCCGUACUGUAAGCUACAUCCGCUACCGCAGGAAAGUGAGAAUUGUAAGGAGAACAAGAAGAGGUUACCGUGUUCGAGGAAGAAAAGGAUACGGUAAAGUUAGAAGAUACAAGGUCAAGAGGUACCGCCGCCGGCGUGGAAGACGUAAGUAUCAAGACACACCUUGUAAAAUAUGACAAAGGGGCAAUGAUGCUGGACAGGGCUUUUCACGUACUCCAAAAUUGUUAAAUGUUUUCUUCUAGUUGAAAGAUAAGCAACAUUAGUCUUUGCUGAGAAGUUGCUUUUACAUCGUGAACACACCAUCAAUACCAACAUACCAAGAAUGCCUAGAGCAGUUGGGAGGGGGGGUAGGGGGUCUAUCCAAGGGGACUUUAAUUCAAUCAAUGAUCCCUGAGGAGUAAUAGAUAGUGUGCGAUCCUUUGGGAGAAUCUAUGAUUGGAGUCUUCACCCAGGUUCGUUGGAUUUGGCACCAAAAGGCGAGAACAUGACGAACUUCACACUUCGAUAGGAGAUCUCUUGCAAAUAUAUUUUUUACCUAAUCAAUGCUUGAAUGAAAACAAAGAACAUGGGGCUGUAUUUUUCCACGCUACGAUACAGAUCAGGAUACAAGGGCUAGGUUACGAUACAGAUUGGAGCUUACAAAACACGAAAUCCGUCCUGGAUGCAAGAAUCUGAAUUUUGGUGGACUUUCCAAAGAAACGCAGUCUUUAGAAAUUACAUUUCUUUUAUUUAUCUUGAAAGCAGUCCCCAAUAAUUAAACUCCAGGAAAAAUCGCCUACACCUAACAUGUGUUAAUGGCGAUGAAGUUUGAAAGAACGCGGAAACACGUUAUUAUUGACGUUUUCUUUGUUUCGUCAUCGUGGUUGCGUAAACUACCUAAUACCACAAUGUGGAAUCUGAUGCACAGCUAAGACACCUAAGACUUGACGACUCUAAUGAAGCAUAUCUUUUUUUUGAAAAUGAUUCAAAAAACCUUUUUUAUUUCAAAAAAAUUCUCUACAGGCGUGUCGAGGAGACGUCGAAGAAGACGUAGGAUCAGAAGGAAACGGCGAAGGCGGCGACGAAGGCGACGAAGAACAAGACGAAGAAGACGACGCCGAAGAAGAACUCGGCGCCGCCGAAAGAGAAGACGCCGACGAGGAAAAAGACGUUAGUACUUUUGUUUCUGUUAGAGGCACAAGUAUACAACUAAAAUUGUGCAAAGUUACAAAUUUAAGGCAAAAUUUUUGCCAGGCUAUUCAUCGGGGCAAUUUCUAAUAUGUCUGAAUUGUUUUUUUUGUGCUAAGGCAGUACUAAAUUCACUCAUAAACGGUUAAAAGGCCCCAGUUUGCGGAGGUUGUAAUUGGAUUUUAAACUUCGUAAGUAGGUUGAACAUGAUCGCCUGGUUGAGUUUAGUCUUGAAUACGACUGUUGUUGACAGUGACUACCGUUUCAACAACCUGUGCGGUUGUCAUUCAUCUUCAGAGUCAAAAUGAAUUGUAUUACGUCAGUUGAUGGUAUUUAACUCUUGGUUGUUGAGCUGAUUGGUCAAUUAAGUCGCGAUGUUAUUGGUCGUCUUUUAGUUGAGCCGUGAUGUUUUUGGCUACGAAGACUCUAUACCUGUCAUUGGUGCGUUUCGGUCCGUCUUUUGUCACAGUCGUUUAUUGUUCGUUGUCAGUUUUGUUUGAGUCCGUCAAUAAGUCCUUUUUACGGUUUUGGUAAUUGUUGACUGCGAUUCAGUGGUGUUUGUUUUAAGUUAGUAAACCGGCUUUCUAAAGUGAGUUGCUGAUACUGGAUUUUUUUAAAACUGUUAUGUUAAGUGUUGUCCGAUCAGAGUUGACAGCCUUUCAUGUUAUCUUACUUUCUAUAGGUGUGUUGUUUGUCCGUAUCCGAGGGCGCAGAUGCCGUAUACGUAGACGAAGGCGGUACACGCUGAGAAUAGGACGUGUAAAGCGACGUAUUAAACGGUUCCGAAGGAAACUCAGAAUACGCAUUAAACGUAAGUGGUGCAGAAUAAAGCGAACAAGAAGACGAUGGAGAAUACGCGUCAAGAGACGUUGGUGUAGG